AUGCCUGCUACCAGCACCGUUGCGACGUCGUGUUUGUGUCUCUGUUCUCGAACGCCUCUGGCCAAGUUGGACGGGAGCAAACAGCGCUCAUUGCCUGAAAAGACUUCUUGUCCCGUCCCGUCUGCCACUUGCACAAGGCAAGGCUUUGGGGGAAGGGGCGCGACGAUCCACUGCAAAAAAGUACCUUGUGCUGCUGAAAGUACCUUGCGCUUCGUUGGGGACACAGAGAUACCUUUUCAAAGUUCCAAGUACGAAGUGCCUUACGGUACAACAUCGCAGCGCCUCGGAGGUACGUACCACUUCGCGAAUGGCAUUUUCAAUCUCGCUCUCGCGCCCAAAUCAAUUUGGUUGCUGCUGGGCUGCCGGCGCCUGCCAAACACAUUCACUCAUUCAUCGUGUAUUCGUGACUACGCCUCCUUCUUUCUCCUCCCCAUCCUGUCAUCUAACCUUGUUCCCUUGUCACCAUCCUCCCACACCACCCUGGAACUAGACCAACUGCAUUUUAACCUCUCCCCGUCCCCUUCAUCUCGACACUGGACUCCUGGAGGCUCGUCUCUCUUCAAGCUCGCGCCUCCAUUUGCUUCCCUUGCCAAGCCGUCUCGACUGCCGUUUACCGACAUUUACCAGAUAGAAAGAGCCAGAGAAAUAGAAAGCCAAGAAGACGCACAACGCGCAGACAUACAUCAGUUCGCCACGCCGCGCUACGGCCAUCCAGCAUCACAUCCGUUACAAAACUUUCCAUUUACCCCGACUUCCACGCGCCAGGCGCAUCUAGGAUACCCCCUGGGCAACCGAAUCGCCCAUAGACACUCUUCAACAACCACCGAUCCUCUCUCGUUUUUUCCAACUCUCCCUAGCGCAAGCACCAUGUCUAAAACAAAGAUUCCCAAUCUUCCUGAUCUCUCUGAUCUUCUCGACUACGAUCACACCGUUGCUGGCCAUGCUGGAACCAUGACCACUGCCGAUGGCUCCAUGUUCAUCAAGCCCUGUACGCAGGCAGAGAUCGAUUUUUAUCAAUCGGCCUACUCAGACCCUGCGCAUGCCGACUUCAAAGAAAUAAUGCCCGACUUCUGGGGAACCUUGAGCCUUGUCGACCCUCUCGAACUCAGCUCUGUCGAAGAUGGUGUUCCCGGUCCCGUCGCCUCGCCUGAGGCCAAGAAGGAGCUCGAGGCCUCCGUUACCGGGCAGCCCCCGGCCGAUUCGCAUCAGGAGAAUGGAAAGUGGGUGCAGAACAAGUCAAAGAAGAUCAAGACCGAUCAGUCGGUCGUCCUCAACAACUCUGGCUCGGGCUUUGCCUCGCCCAACUUUCUCGACGUCAAGUUGGGUGUCAGGCUGUGGGCCGACGAUGCGCCUGCCGAGAAGAAGCGCAGGUUCGACGACAUCACGAGCAAGACCACACACGGCCCCCUGGGCUUUAGAAUCGCGGGUAUGAAGGUCUGGCGCGGCUCCACCAUGAAGUCCGAGCUGGAUCAGAAUGACUACAAGGUAUACGAUAAGGACUACGGCCGCACCUACGUAAAUACCGAUAAUGUUGUCGAAAACUUCCGUAAAUUCAUCUUCAACAAGGCCGCCGGUAUCGACGACGACCUGGCACGCGCGGUUGUUACGGCUUUCCUGCAUGACCUGCGAAACGUCGAACGUGUCCUCUCUUCGGAAGAGAGCAGAAUGUACUCGGCUAGCUUACUGUUCGUUUUCGAGGGCGACGGCGACAAGCUCAGAGAAGCCAUUGCGCAGAACAACGCGGUCGUCGACAGUAUCGUGGCCGCGGAGGUCAAGGUUGAGGCAGAGGGCGAGAAGCCUGGUAGAACUACCUCCCGUGUGGAUAGUGGCAUCGAGCUGAUCGAGGAAGACCGUGUGACGAUCCAUGUCCCCGAUCACGGUAGCCUUUCAGACGACGAUGACGAUGACGACGAUGUCGAAUUGCCCAAGGUCUUCACGUUGAAACUUAUUGAUUUCGCCCACGCACAGUGGACUCCCGGCCAGGGUCCCGACGAAAACGCGCUCAAGGGCGUGCGGAGUUUGAUCAAGAUAUUCGAAGAAAUGGAAAAGGAAGAAGGCUACCGGUCCUCGACUUUCGCAGCACCACCACGAAAAGUUUUGCGGGCCAUGAUUUACGAGCACGGUUUGCUCAACGAUUACAAUACCCAGAUACAGUCGAGCGCGCUUUGGUGCGAAGUAGAAGUCGCUCCUGAGGAGGACAACAGGCUCGCAUCCAUGAUAACGACCUUGAGAUACACCAUCAUCAUCAUCAUCACACCAGGCUCUGAAGUAUGUCACUACCGCGUGCUAACGGCAGGGAACCCAAAGGUUACCUCGCAUCAACUAUGGGCCCUGCAUGGAACCAAUGCAGGCCGGCUGCACAGUAGCGGUAUCAUCAAGGGCUUCUCCUGGCAAUACGGAACAGACCUAGGCAUACAGCCUGAGAGAUUCUAUUCUGGAGACUGGGGUGGCAUAUUCGAGAGCUCUCCACUACAGAGUAUCAAGAUUUGGGUAUUUCUCAAGAGCUUGGUGCAAAGGUCUGACUCUUCCGUUGCCAAUGCCUCCGAUGUCCGUCACCCAUUCGUGCUUGUUCUUUUCCCAUCCGCUCUUGCUCAAUAA